AUGUGGUUCCUCCUGGUUCCCUUUCUCCUGCUGGCGUCUGCAGGAGCCCAAGGGGAUGGUGACAAGGUAAUUCGGGGUGCCGAGUGCGAGCCACACUCCCAGCCCUGGCAGGUGGCACUCUUCGAGCGAGGACGCUUCAACUGCGGGGGGUCUCUGAUUGCCCCCAACUGGGUGUUGUCUGCUGCCCACUGCCAGACGCGUUUCCUGAGGGUGCGCCUGGGAGAACACAAUCUGCGCCUUCGAGAAGGUUCUGAGCAAUUUCGAGCUGCAUCCAAAGUCAUCCCGCAUCCAGGCUAUGAGCCACUCAGCCACCGUCAUGACCUCAUGUUACUACGGCUCGCCCAGCCCGCUCGCCUUUCCAAGGAAGUGCGACCCGUAGCCCUGCCCAAGCACAGCCCACGACCAGGAGAGGAGUGCGUGGUGUCGGGCUGGGGGCUGGUAUCCAACAAGAGACAGGGCACCACGGGAAGCUCUGUGUCCAAAGUGAGCCUCCCUGACACGCUGCACUGUGCCAACAUCAGCAUCAUCUCAGACGCGGAAUGUAGCUCGGAUUACCCAGGGCGCCUUGAGAACACCAUGGUGUGCGCCGGUGUGCAGGGUGGAGGCACUGACUCCUGCGAGGGUGACUCGGGGGGCCCUCUGGUCUGUGGGGGCACCUUGCAGGGCAUUGUGUCCUGGGGUGACGUCCCCUGUGACACAACCACCAAGCCAGGGGUUUACACCAAAGUCUACAACUACCUGAAGUGGAUCCAGGACACCAUGCAGAAGAACUGA